GAACGCGUACAGUAGACGCGUCGCGCAGCGGAGCAGACACACACACCUGAGGAAUAGCGGCGCGAUGGCCAAUCACUUCAUACAGAUCAAUGACUCCUCCGCCGCUGUCAUUCGAUUCGCGCGGAAAGGAGCUCUGCGUCAGAAGAACGUGCAUGAAGUUAAAAACCAUAAAUUCACCGCUCGAUUCUUCAAGCAGCCCACAUUCUGCAGCCACUGCACCGACUUUAUCUGGGGAUUUGGAAAGCAAGGCUUCCAGUGCCAAGUGUGCUGUUUUGUGGUCCACAAAAGGUGCCAUGAGUUUGUUUCCUUCUCCUGUCCUGGGGCCGACAAAGGCCCUGACACAGAUGACCCCAGAAGCAAGCACAAGUUUAAGAUCCACAGCUACGGCAGUCCCACCUUCUGCGAUCACUGCGGCUCAUUGCUGUAUGGACUCAUACACCAGGGGAUGAAAUGCGACACAUGUGACAUGAACGUUCACAAGCAGUGUGUGAUGAAUGUGCCGAGUCUAUGCGGGACAGAUCACACAGAGCGUCGAGGAAGACUCUUCCUUAAGAUUGAGGUCAGCGGAGACAGACUUCAUGUCACAGUGGGUGAGGCCAGAAAUCUGAUUCCCAUGGACCCCAAUGGACUGUCAGAUCCAUACGUGAAACUCAAGCUCAUCCCAGACCCCAAGAACGAGACCAAACAGAAGACCAGAACCAUCCGCUCCUCACUGAACCCCACCUGGAACGAGUCCUUCAUCUUUAAGUUAAAGGUGUCGGAUAAGGAGCGGCGUCUGUCGGUGGAGGUGUGGGACUGGGACAGAACCACUCGGAAUGAUUUCAUGGGCUCCAUGUCGUUUGGUGUGUCUGAACUGAUCAAAGCUCCUGUAUGUGGCUGGUAUAAGAUGUUGAACCAGGAGGAGGGUGAGUACUAUAACGUGCCCAUCCCAGAGGAGAAUGACAUCAACCUGGAGCUGCGGCAGAAGUUUGAAGCCUGUCAGCUCAAUAUCCACUUCCUGAAGAAAGCCCGGCUUGGUCCAGGAAAGAAAGUCAUCACACCCACUGAUAACCGGCGCUUCAGUUUACCGUCCGGAAACAUGGACAGAGUCCGACUCAAUGACUUCCAUUUCCUGGCUCUUCUCGGCAAAGGCAGUUUUGGGAAGGUGAUGUUGGCGGAGAUGAAGUCCACUGAGGAGCUGUACGCUAUUAAAAUCUUGAAGAAGGACGUGGUGAUCCAGGACGAUGACGUUGAGUGCACAAUGGUGGAGAAGAGAGUGCUGGCCCAGAGAGAAAAGCCGCCAUUCCUCACUCAACUGCAUUCAUGCUUCCAGACUGUGGAUCGCCUGUACUUUGUAAUGGAGUACAUUAAUGGAGGAGACCUGAUGUAUCACAUCCAGCAAGUGGGCAAGUUCAAGGAGCCUCAAGCCGUAUUCUAUGCAGCUGAGAUUGCUGUAGGAUUGUUCUUUCUCCAUAGGAAGGGAAUUAUUUACAGAGAUCUGAAGUUGGAUAACGUGAUGUUGGAUUCUGAGGGUCACAUUAAGAUCGCAGACUUUGGCAUGUGUAAGGAGAACAUGUUUGAGGGCAUGACGACGCGCACCUUCUGCGGAACGCCCGAUUACAUUGCCCCAGAGAUUAUCGCGUAUCAGCCAUACAGUAAAUCAGUGGACUGGUGGGCAUAUGGCGUUCUCCUCUACGAGAUGCUGGCUGGGCAGCCUCCAUUUGAUGGAGAGGACGAGGAUGAACUGUUUCAAUCUAUAAUGGAGCACAACGUGUCCUACCCCAAAUCCCUGUCUAAAGAGGCCGUGUCCAUCUGUAAAGGGCUGAUGACGAAGCAUCCGUCUAAGCGUCUGGGUUGCAGUCCAGAGGGUGAGAGAGAUAUAAAGGAGCAGGUUUUCUUCCGCAGAAUUGACUGGGAACGACUGGCAAACAGAGAGAUCCAACCACCAUUCAAACCCAAAGUGUGCGGCAAAGCAGCGGAGAACUUUGACAAAUUCUUCACACGUACUCAGCCCAUGCUGACUCCUCCAGACCAACUGGUCAUCGCCAACAUUGAUCAGAGCGAAUUUGCUGGAUUCUCAUUUAUAAAUCCGGAGUUCAUCCACCCGGCAUCGUUUCACAGUGUGGUAUGAGAUGACCCGAUGAAGAAGUGGACCAUCCGAUCAGCUCAAACUACCAGUCACAUCAACAUUAUUUAUGAACUCACCAAAUCUUUGUAGACUGUUGAAUACCCUUUAUCUGAACAUAUCUGAACUGAGGGCGGCUGGAUCGGGGGGUGUUAUAUCAAAAGAGUACGUGUCCACAUUCACAUUUUGAGGGCAAUACCUAAUGUAGAUCAUAUAGGCUUUGUUCCAAAACCUACUGAGCUGCCUAUAGGGUUGUUAACUGUCCCGUAUUAUGCGGGGGCAUCUCGUGUUUUGCCUGAAAAAUAACUGUAUAGUACACCUGUUUAUUUUAGCGUUGAGACACUCGAGUGGGAUGCUCGGAUGUCUCAAAAUGCUCAAGCGUCCCAUAUUCCCCUGGCGAAGUUAGCAACCUUAGCAACCCAAGAUACCUUGUUUUGGCCAGAUUUUAAGACUGCAUCAAUUCCUUUGCAGAGAAGGUUCUCAAUAUGAAUUGCGACAAACUCAGCCUGAAUAGUUAAAAGUUGUAGUUUGAAUGUUAUACAGACCUUUCAGUCAGACAAAGACAGACAGACCGAUAAACCUCAGAAAAAACACAUUAGACCACAACAGAUUGCAUUAGUCCCCAUCAGACAACUAGAGACCACAAUAGACCUAUUCAAACCCCCUCAAACCACAUUAGACCACAUCAGACCUCAUCAGAACCAAUUGAGACCACAUCAGACUGUAUUGGACUACAUCAGACCAACAAUAAACCACAUCAGACCUCAACAGAACCCCUAGAGACCACAUUAGACCUCAUCAAACUCUAUUAGACCUCCAAGAAACCACUUCAGAACCCUAGAGAUCACAUCAGAACCCACAGAGACCACUUCAAAUCACAUUAGACCUCAUUAGACCCUCAAAAACCACAUCAAAUCAGAUUCCAUUAGACCUCAUCUGACCUCCAAGAAACCACUUCAGACCCCAUUAGACCACAUAAGAACACCUAAAGUCUAUAUCAGACCAGUUCAGAUCCCAUUAGACCUCAUUAAACUCCCGAGAAAGUACAUCAGACCACUUCAGACCCUGUUAGACCCAAUCAGUCCCAAAUAGACCCUAUCAGACCUUCAAGAAACCACUUCAGACCCCAUUAGACCACUUCAAAUCCUAUUAGACCUGAUCAGACUUCAAAGAAACCACUUAAGACCCCUAGAGAUCACAUCAGACCAGUUCAACACCCAUUGGACCUGAUCAGAUCUCCAAGAAUCCACUUCAUAUCACAUUAGAACACCUAGAGACUACAUCAGACCAGUUCAGAUCCCAUUAGACCUCAUUAAACACCUAAGAAAGUACAUUGGACCACUUCAGACCCUGUAAGACCAAAUCAGUCCCAAUUAGACCUCAUCAGACCUUCAAAAAAAAAAAAAAAAAAAAUCAGACCAAUUUAAAUCCUACUAGACCUCAUCAGACCUUCAAUAAACCACUUCAGACCCCUUAAGAUCACAUUAGACCACUUCAAACCCCAUUAGACCUCAUCAAACCUCCAAAAAAACAAAACACUUCAGACUGCAUCAGACCACAUAAGAACCCCUAGAGACCCCGUUACACCACUUUAGAUCCCAUUAGACCUCAUCAGACCCCCAAGAAAACAAAUCAGACCAAUUCAGACCACAAUAGUAGAACGUACAGUAAUAGCAAACCCACAAAAAGCCUUUAAUCUACUUUGUUACAGAACCCCUAGAGUCUACAUCAGACCACAUUAGACCUAUCCAUCCAUCCAUCCAUCCGUCUAUCUAUCUCUUACUAUUACUAAGGCUUUGUCAAGCCAACAUCAAAGUUUCUCUUGACAAAAUGUACCUAUUUACAGUAAUUAGUGUAUGGUGUUGUUAUCUUAGCAUCACUCUAAUAUCAUGUCUCCCGUGAGGAGUGAGUAUUUGUGUGGUACGUGGAGUUGGUACCUGUGUAGAGUGUUUCAAAUCAGUCACUUAUGAGGUUCCAUAGAAGGCAGCUGCCUAUGUAGACAGUAGACAUCAAGGCAGUUCACUACAGUUUGGAACAGAGCUAAAAUAUGUGUGCUGUAUGUCCUCAUAGCAAUGACAGUUUGUCUAAUGCCUGUAUGCAGAUAGGUGUUGUGUGCAGGCCAAAGACCAGAGUUUUUUACAAAGCUUCGAUAUUUUUGGAUGGUGGAAAUGGUCAGCAAUCCCUUGUUCCAGGGCUCAGAUUUGUUGUCUGUGCAGCAUGCUUGACAUAAAGCAGGUUUUUGUGUCCCUUACUUAUAUCCUCUCUACUGCCAUUUCUAAUGUUCCUGAAAUAUAUAUUUGUAAAUCUUGUGAUAGGAGUGCCAAAAUAUAGCUGCAUCAAAAAGUUUUUAUAUCUAGCUCUAUGUAUGCAUAUUGAUUUCUUAUUAGAUCUUUUGCUGAUGUCCCGUAACUUGACCUGGGCUGACACUUGAACCCUCGCUCCCGGAGUUUUAGCAUGACAGCUUCUGAACCGAUCAUUGCCUGCUUGCCUGUAUAUCUCAACAUAUACAGACGUGUCUCUCUUGAUCUAUGUAAAUGUACAAAUUGUGAUAAAGUGUGAUUCUUCAUUGGUAACUGACAGACCCGCCCUUACAAAAAUCUAGAGUUGCUGCAAGUUCGCCACUCAUUAAUUUUCACAUGCAAAUGAGCUUUGCUGUAAACUCUUCAUUGUCGCCAAAGAUUUGCCGCAGGUUCAACACUACCAGUGAAGAGCUGAAAACUUCUGGCAAGCAUUUGCGGCAAAUAACAAGCUCAUAUAAAGGUGGCGAAUUUGCGGCAAGUUUGCAGCAGUUUUCUGACAACUCUAGAUUUUUUGUAAGGGCACACGUAAUCUGCAUCUGUAAAACUCAGGUGAAAGCUCUUUAUCCACAGAAUUGGAAUGCCAAUCAUUCACAACUUUUGACAAAUUGCCUGCCCAUUGUAUGUUAGUUUAUUAAAUAUUUUGGUUAAUUUGAUGAUGUUUUCAUCUACCAAUAAGAGUAUAGUACCUAUCUAUCUAUCUAUCUAUAUAAUUGUCAAAUAAUGUUAUAUAUAUAUAUAUAUAUAUAUAUAUAUAUAUAUAUAUAUACACACACACACACACACACACACACACACACACACAAUAGAUAGAUAGAUAUAUAGAUAGAUAGAUAGAUUGAUUGAUAAUUAUUAUUCAUUUUUAAGCAAGGGUUUUAAUCUUAGAGAAAGGAAGAGUGAAAAAAAUCACAUAAUACAAAGCAAAUAUUUUCAAGAUAUUAUUUUAAAGAUUUCAUUUGUUUUAGUACAAUGACUAUAUAAAAGGCAAUUAUAUAAUUUUACAAAGAACAUGUCGUAUUUAUAAUAGCGCGCUUACUGUUUUCCCACACAAUGUAGAUGGUUUAUAUAAAUACAUAACUGUCUUUAUAUUUCAGGAAGGGGAUCCCUUGCAAUGAGAUCAUCAUAUUUGGGGGUCCUUUGCAUGGAAAAGUCUGAAAACCCCUGUUCUAAGCAAAAUAGAAUUUUUUUCUUUAAUGUUGGUGUGAAAAAUUACCCUGACAUGUUUUGGAGAGAUUUACUAAGGGGAUAUUUUCAUAUAAAUCAAGCUCAUUGCAAUCUACAGUCUCCUUAAUUCCCUUUUUGUGAAACAUAUUGGAGUGGGAUGGGGGGUUCUGACCUCUAAUAUACUGAAGGCGUUGUAGCCCCCGUCUCUGGUAGUGUGCAGCCAAGUGUUUGUCUUUUCAUGGUGUUAAACUACAUGUUCUACAGUUCUUAUCAAAUUGAGCUUUCCAGUAUAUAUAAUAAUAUAUAUUAUUUUUAUCUUUUUAGCUCUUAGUUUAUGAUCAUCUUGCAUUUUCACUCUGUGACUACUUUAAUGGAGAGCGCUACAGUAUGUUUACUGUUACACUAUACAGGUUACACUAUAUACCAAGAUUUUUGUACAUACAGAGAUGGCAUACGUUAUCUGGCAAAUUUUAUACUAAGGGCUGAAUGUGCUUUUACUAACUUACAGUAGAUGGUUUCUAUAAUCCAAAAAAGACUAGUUUGUCUAAUUUGAGAUAGCUUUGGUAUCAGCGAACCUUUCUUAUAUGUAUGUCUUGUUUUUGUCUGCUAUGUUUUUGAUAAUAUCUAAGCUGUAUAGAUGGGGGGGGGUUGGAUGUUUUCAGAGCUCCUGUGUGUGUGUGUGUGUGCUGCUGCUGUGUGCAUGUGGGGUGUCAGCAAAUCCACGCAUGCAUAACGGUGUCUCAUGAUUCCAGGAAUCCAGGGUUCCUUUGUAUUGAAUGACUGUCACACUACAUCCGACACCUUAACUAUCUUUGUGUUGUUGCUUUUGUUCCUGUUUUGUCUCAGUUGGUGGAUGAAGAAUUAAACCAGUAGACUCCAUAAUGUGUAGAUUCCACCUGCUGCUGUGUGAUUCCUGGGUAUUAAUACUGAACAAUUGAGCUUUGUCUGAAAUAUCUUUAUCUGAAAAGGAUACAACAACAGGGAAUUGACGUGAAAUUAAAUUUUUAGCAAACUCUAGAUGUUGUCUGUGAGGCACAGAUAUCAUUUUAUGCAUUCUCCCUGUUUUAAGGACCUCUGAAAUGCUUCAUUGACACACAAGAUUACUCCGUUCGGGCUCUGUACUUGUGUGCCAAGCCCUCGGUGGAAUACUUAACAAGUGCAUAAAGUUCAAUUUGGCCACCAUUUCAUCAAUUUAAAUAAUUUCUUUGAUUUAACUUUAUUUGGUAUAUAUUUUGGAAUUUUAUUAGACCUCAUGUUUGGAGUUCAAGCCCCUGUGUGGAUAUUCCAGGUGUUUAUUUCUUUAUCUCAAGACGUGAAUGAAGUUACGAGCAGAAAUAGAGCCGGUCCUCUUACGAAGUGAUUCAGAAAGUCAGCGGUUGUCUUGCAUCCUCAAGCAGAUUAACACAAAGUGUCUCACAUUGAGAGUAUUUGGGAAAGUAAUGAUUAUGUGUUUGAUCGUGGUUUCUGCAUGUAAGGUGGCAUUCCAACAUUCCCUUGACAUAUGAAGUAUCUGAUGAAUAUUCCAGCCAGCCAUUUAUUCUUUUAUUAGGAAUUAGGAAUUUAUUUAUAAUUAGUAUUAUUGGUAUUAUUAUUACUAUUGAAUUAUGGAUUCCAAGACAGUGUCAUGGUUUAAAUACAUUUAUCAACUCUUCCUCUUUUUCUUUCUUUUUUCUUUUGCAAGUUUGUCCCUCUGUUCAUUGUGAAGGAUAAAGUGUAUAAAUAAAUAUACAG